GUGAUCACCGUGCUGACCCUGAAUGCAUCACUUGGUGAAAGUUUUCAGGGUGUUGAAGGUUUCCAUGGCAACACUUCCGGAAGCUCCGAAUCGACUCCGUUUGUACUGCUGCAAAAAAGACUGAAGCUUUUUGCUUGUGCUCCAAAAGUAAGUAAACCUUGAAUGUUUGCUGUUUUUUUUUUUGUUGUUUUUUUUUUUUGCUUAAAUAUCUGAAUUUUAAUGGGGUUUUCAAAUUUAUCUUUAAGAAAAACAGGCCAAAAGUGUGUGUUUUUUUUUUCCUGUGAGGUAAACAUUUCUGAAGAAAUCUAAAACUAUGAUGCUUCCAAUCUUUAGUUUCCUUUUUGGAAGAAAUAAAAAAAAGAAAAGAAUUUCUCUUUGGUCGAAAGGUUUUGAGAGUCGAACUGACUUGGUUGUCUGGACGACAGAGUAACAACUCCCCCUAUAAUGACCGCACAUUCAGCCUCAACCACAGGUUUAGGCUUCAUGAGGUCGUCUCCAUAGUGAAGACAAUGGAAAGUCCAAAUGAAGACGGAGAGAUCGCCAGCAACCUUCUCUAUCCUGACGUCAGCUGGAACUUCAGUUUGGAUCCACUGCUUUUUAAAGUGGACAUCUGUGACCUUCUCCUGAAUGCAAUCGAUGAACAGCUCGACAAACUCCAGAUCCAGCAUCCAAAGAAAGAUGCAGUUUCCAGUAAAAAGUCCUGGAACAAUCAAGAUAAUCUGAGGAGUAAAUCUUUGAGCAAAGACAAGAACGUGGAGCAACCAGCAUUAAAUGAAACUCCCACAUCUUGUUUUGACUUGAUGCAUUCUUCAGUGAUGGAGGAAAAGUCUGGAGGUAAAUGUGGUUUCUGGGAUCCUGACUCACACAUGGAGACACUUAUUGGAGAAAAGAUCAACAAAGAGGAGAGUGAAAGGGAACAAACCCUCUGGAGGCUGAAGUCGCUGCUUGGUGACGUCGAUGACGAAGAGAAGAUUCUAGGAGACACGGGGCCUCCUACAGAGAGCAUCUGCACUGAGGAAUUCGUCAGUCGAUUCAAGGAUGAAAUAGUGGAUCUGACUCUGCCUGACGCUCGUCAGCAACACAGAAACUAUGAAAAAUCAAGCCAGCUUGGUCUGAGAAAGUCACAUCGGUGUGAUUGUGUAGAUAUGAUGCAAGUCAGAGAUGAAAAAGAAAGCAGAAGUACACAGAACCCCGGAGAUGGGAACACUGGACGCCGCUCUGUCAUCAAGUCUGUCCCAGACCUGGAUGAUCACAGAAACGACCAGUGGAGCGCCGAUUCAUCCACUCAGACGAGGAAUAAACCUAACUCUACUUUAGAGAAAAGUCGCUUCUAUCAACACUUCCAAAACAGAAGUCCUGCAGAUCAGGCAGCUCUCCGUGGAAGGAAAGAAUAUUGGAGAUGCCAACCACAACAGCUGCAGAAGCAGAGAGACUCUGAAUCUUCAAAACCUUUGGGUGACUUUGAAUAUUUAACCGAGUCCCACCACUGUAAACAGAUUUGGAAAGAUGGAUCCUGCAUAAACCAGAGUCCGAGAACACCGCUGCAGGCUGACCAGGACGCCACAUUGGCAGCAGAAGAGAGCGCCGGGGUCCGAGCACUGCAGGAAGAACUGGAGAAGCACGAGCGAUGUGAAGAGGAGCUGCAGCAGCAGCUGGAAGCAGAGUGUCAGCGUCUGCUCCUCUUUUUAGAGCAAAGUGGAGUCAAACAGGAAGCUGGAGGUCCACCUCAGAGGAAUGUCGUUGUUUUGUGCAGUUUUACAGUAACUGGUGCUCUGGUACGCCUGAGAACACUUGGAGAGCAGCUGAGGCUUUUUGUCGGCCGUCUUCAGCAGGAGCUGGACUCACAAAAACAAGUUUGUGAGGAGCUGAAAAAAGAGACUGAACUGAGAAUCCAAAGGCAGCAGCAGUGCAUCGAGAAAGAGCAAGCUUUGACCUCUCUGAGGGAGUGCCUUAUUAAGGAGCACAUAGAGGAGCUGUGCAGUCUGACACAGGAGGACAGAGGAGGACCCGAGUGGGAAGCAGAGGUGAUGUCUCUCCACAGACGACUGCAGGCCAAAGACCAGCAGCUCAGACACAUCCAGAGGAACAUGGAUCAGUGGAAAGAACAAACUGCUACACGGCUGGCGUGCAAGUUUGAAGAGGCGUUGAAAGAUGAACUGGAAAGGUGCAGAAAAAGCCUGAUACUGGGCAGAAAAGCAUCAAACACUCAAGUUGUUGGUUCUGGUGAGGAAAUAUUGGGUCUAAAGGAACUUCAGACGGAUGUUUGUUCUUCCUGCCUUCAUGCACUGGACUCAUCAUCCUCCAUCUUCAUCCCUUCAGACUUUGCUUCAUCAAAGCUCCUCCAGAGGAGAGUGAAGUAAACCCUGACCUCAUGAACUGUGAGGGUCCGGUGUCCGUAUCCCACGGCGAUGAUGGGAACCACGUUCUAUCAGCACCACCUCGAGUGAAGGAUGCAACUGAUGAACUCGUCACUUCACCUCCUCCAGAUUUGAGGAAGUGGGUGUACUUUAGAGCCGCUGUGGACAUGACUCAGUCAUCGUUAAACAUGCAGGUCACAGUGACAGGAGACACGAUGGGGUCACGGAGGUCAUUUUGGUUUUCUGUGCUGACACCGACACAUUUUAUAGCCUUUAAGUAACUGUGAAUGAUGAAACGACAGUUCUGUGAGAACAUGUGACAUUCAUAAAACAAUAAUCUGAUUCAUGUUGCUGAGUUCUGAUCGUUGGUUUAAGUCAAUAUUUGCAUAAAGAUUCUUAGUUAUUACAUUGGGGAGGUGUGAAAACAGGCUGUUUUUGUGUAUCUAUUGAUAAAGAUUAAAAAUAAAAUCAAAGUAGGUUUUGUG